AUGGACACAAAUCACGGAACACAUCACGCCAGCCCACCGAAGCAGACACCGACGGGGAUUCCCGAAGACAAAUGCGAUGUCAAAAGUCAUCGGGUGUCCACCCCCGGUACCAUCACUCUAUCCCACGAGCACGAAGCAUCCGCUGAGGAUACAUCGACAACCAAACAUAGCAGCGACACCGAGAUAGCACAAAGCAAAGCCAAAGGCACAAGCGCAAUAUCCUCGGGGACUGCAACGGCUUUCGAAAGCGUUCAAGCUACUGAUCAUGCCACCGAAUCUACAGCCGUAGCCGGCCUGCCGUCUAGCCACUCCUCAGGCAAAGAAGCCAGUUACACGCAAGAGCAACCCCAAGUCCCAGACGAAGGGAAGAAUCCAGACACGAAUUAUCAUGUAGCGUCCGAGGCUGAGGCAGCUGCCGCUGCAGACACCUCGACCGAGCUUGGCCGUGCGCAGACAAGUGGAAGACCCGAAUCACUCAUAGUCUCACCUCUGACCCAUCCAAAUGGUGUGGACAUGUUUCCAUCACUCUCUACGACAGAACAAGAGCAAAUGUCAUGGGAAGCCUUCACACAGGCGGAGGAGUCGAUUGUUGCAGAAGAUGAAUCGCGUGGCUUCCGGGACGACGCUUCGGACGGAGGAUACGAAAGCGAAGGCUUCAGCUCGGGCAGUACUUCUGCGGAAUCUUCUGUCAGGGACUACAUGUUUGAGAAUGGCCGCCGCUACCAUCGCUUCCGCGAAGGAGCCUACAACUUCCCCAAUGACGAUGUGGAACAAGAACGAGAAGAUAUGAAGCAUGCAAUGGUGAAACUUCUGUGCGGCCAGAAACUGUUCUUUGCCCCAAUUGGUGACAAUCCACAACAGAUUCUGGAUAUUGGUACUGGAACAGGCAUAUGGGUUAUCGAAAUGGGCGAUCAAUUUCCCAGUGCCAGUGUUCUUGGCAUAGACCUUUCCCCCAUUCAGCCCGACUGGCUCCCGCCCAAUGUCAAAUUCAUUGUUGACGACGCCGAGUCUCCUUGGCUAUACCCCCGCAAUCACUUCGACUACAUCCAUUCCAGACACACUGUCAUGGCAUUGAAAGAUUGGAUGCGGCUCUUUCGCCGAGCAUUGGAGCAUCUAAAGCCAGGUGGCUGGAUAGAAAUGCAAGAAAUUCACCAUUGUCCUCGGAGUGCCGACCCUGAUGCAGACUUACCGGAAGACCAUGAAGUUGCCAAGUUCUGGUCUCACGUCACUACAGGACUGGGAAACCUGGGCGUGGAUCUCAACAUCUCUUCAGGCGGCCAACUGACCAAGAUGCUUCAAGAAGCUGGCUACGUCAACGUGACUGAGCGCGUUUUCCAUGUACCGAUCGGGACUUGGCCCAAGAAUAAGGCAAUCGCACUUGGACCAAUGGCACGCGGACUAAACUGGAACCGAGAUGAGAUAGAAGUCUUCCUUACUGGCGUUCGGAGAGCCUACCAUGAUAAUGCGGCGCUGAUGUACAUGCCCCUUCACAUCAUUUACGCGCAAAAGCCAGAGAACAUGGAGUGA